CUGUAUUCGAUACUAUACGAUAUUUCCUUCUACAAUUGUGUAGACUAGGUAAUUUUUUUCGUUUAAUAUGAAGUGCUUCUAUAAUCGAAUUCCAUAUGAAUGAACUGAUAUUUUGGUGAUUGUGACUUAACACAGACGCAUUAGCCAGCCGGAACAUGGAUAAAAAGAUCUCUUCAAUGUCGCAACCGCGAAUAUUAAAAAAGAAGCACUUUAGAGUAAAACAUCAAAAAGUAAAACUAUUCAGAGCUAACGAACCGAUUCUGAGUGUAUUUAUGUGGGGCAUAAACCACACAAUAAAUGAAUUAAGCCAUGUAAAUAUACCAGUGAUGCUUCUCCCAGAUGACUUUCGGGCUUUUUCAAAAAUUAAAGUGGAUAAUCAUUUAUUUAACAAGGAAAAUAUGCCGUCACAUUUUAAAGUAAAAGAAUAUUGCCCCCUAGUCUUUCGUAAUUUGCGAGAGCGAUUUAAUGUUGAUGAUGUUGAUUAUCGCGAGUCCUUGACUCGAUCACAGCCGAUACGGAUCGACUCUUCCGGAAAGUCAGGGGCACAGUUUUACCAGAGUUAUGACAAGUUUUUUAUAAUUAAAAGCUUAACAUCAGAAGAAAUUGAGCGUAUGCAUGCCUUUCUAAAGCACUAUCAUCCGUACGUUGUUGAAAGACAUGGAAAAACACUUUUGCCGCAAUAUUUGGGAAUGUAUCGGAUCACUGUGGAGAGCGUGCAAUAUUACUUUGUCGUCAUGCGGAAUGUUUUCAGUUCUCAUUUAACAAUCCACAAAAAGUUUGAUUUAAAAGGUAGUACUGUGGAUCGUGAAGCAUCUGAAAAGGAGCUCGAAAAACUUUUGCCAACAUUGAAGGACAAUGACUUUAUAAAACAGAAAGUCAAGCUGGAAAUUGGAGGCGAGGCAAAAAAAAAAUUAAUGGAUACUUUAAACAAUGAUGUGGAUCUUCUUACCAAGCUGCACAUUAUGGACUAUUCAUUGUUAGUCGGUGUACAUGACUGUGUGCGAGCGGAAGAGGAAGCCCUACAGGGAGAUAAUAUACAAGCUGCUGGUCGCAGCGAAAAUAGCGAAAGCGAGGAGUGCGAUAGUGGAGAACGCUGGACGUACAACACGCCUCCAGAUUCACCAAGAGGUGCGCAGUAUAAAGAAGUCGUAUAUGAAGUUGAUAUAUACGCCAUUCCAAGUGUUGAAGAAAAACGAGAAAUAUACUUUAUAGCUAUUAUUGAUGUCCUUACUCAAUACGGAGUCAAGAAACAGGCGGCAAAAGCAGCAAAGACGGUUAAGUAUGGUAGUAACGUUGAUGGAAUAUCGACAUGUGACCCAGAACAAUAUGCCAAAAGAUUCUUGGAAUUUAUGGAUAAAGCUAUAGAAUAA